GCGCUUGCGAUGACGUCGGAGGCGGGGUUGACGUAUUGUUGUGGGGGAGUCUUGUUGUCAUUCGUUCACCCUGUCGCCGUCCAGUCGCAGCCGGCGUGCUUUGUUGCCGGGACUAUGACGCUGUUGUCACCGUGACAGGUGUCACAUGCCAUAAAGACGACCGUGGCGCUGUCAUGGCUGCCGCCAGCAUCUUUAGCAUUUUUUCCAGCGAUCCGAGUCGUCGCAGCUGAAGCAAGUAUGACCGAGCAAGACCUUUGUCCCCACCUGGACGCCAUAGGAGAGGUCACCAAAGAUGACCUCCUUCAGAAAUCCAAGGGAACCUGCCAGUCAUGUGGUGUUGGGGGGCCAAACCUAUGGGCCUGUCUUCAGAAUGACUGCCCAUACGUCGGCUGUGGAGAGUCCUACUCUGAUCACAGCACCCUGCAUGCUCAGGCUAAGAAGCACAACCUGACAGUGAACCUGACCACAUUUAGAAUCUGGUGCUACGUGUGCGAGCGGGAGGUGUUUUUAGAGGCCAGGCCCGCCUUGGUGCUGGCAGCCCACCACCACUGUGCAGCCUCGGAGCAGGAAGCCGCACCGCUCAGUCACCCACUAAAAGGCGUGCCAAUCGCCGUGGCGGAAGACGAAGGGUCAGAGUCUGAGGAGGACGAGCUUAAACCCAGAGGUCUAACGGGGAUGAAAAAUAUUGGCAACUCCUGCUACAUGAAUGCUGCUCUUCAAGCCCUGUCCAACUGCCCUCCUCUCACUCAGUUCUUCCUGGACUGCAGCGGUCUGGUGCGGACUGACAAGAAGCCUGCUCUCUGCAAGAGCUACCAGAAACUCAUCUCAGAACUCUGGCAUAAAAAACGGCCCAGCUACGUGGUGCCGACCAGUUUGUCCCAUGGCAUCAAGUUGCUGAACCCCAUGUUUCGUGGUUAUGCUCAGCAGGACACACAGGAGUUCCUGCGCUGUCUGAUGGACCAGCUCCACGAGGAGCUCAAGGAGCCAUUGAGCGAGUGCGGCGGGAGCAGCGAGAGCAGCGACGGCGAGGAGAGGCUGGACGGCGACCGCUCCCCGUCCGAGGACGACUUCUUGUCCUGCGACUCGGGCUCCAGUAGCGACCGGGGAGAGGGGGGUGGCGCCGGUGACGGCGAGCUGCUCGUGCAGGACGAGUGCGACGGCAUCCAGCUGCCCUCGGCGGCCGGGGACGGUCCUGGCGGCGGGGUGAUAUCCGAGAAGGAGAGGCAGAAGGAGAGGAGGGUGUCCGGCUCGCCACUACGCGGCGCCUCGCAGGACGUAGACGAGGAUGCGGACGUGGACACUGCAGCUGGGGACGGCGUUCCUGAGAGAGGCGACGAGGAGGAGUGCGUAUCUGCGCCAAACGGGGACAUCCAAAGCCAGGACAACAACCAGUCAAGUCAGACGGGUGCAGACAAGAGCUCAGAGCCAAACAAUGAAGCGUCUAUGCCCCGCCCACAUUCUACUCCGUGCAGUCCCGUCAGGAGCCUCCAGGAGCUCCAUUCCAAACUGUCCUCAAGUCCGCCUCGCUCCAGCCCGCUGCGCUCGGCAGGAUCUGCCUACCCUUUCAAAAAAGCUCAGCUGCUCCUCCCGUCCAAGAAGAAGAAGCAGUUGCACUAUCGCAGCGUCAUCUCCGACAUCUUCGACGGCUCCAUCCUCAGCCUGGUCCAGUGCUUGACCUGCGACAGGGUGUCUACCACUGUGGAAACCUUCCAAGACCUGUCCCUGCCUAUUCCCGGGAAGGAGGACUUAGCCAAGCUGCACUCCUCCAUCCAUCAGAACAUGCCUGUCAAGACAGGCGUGUGUCCUGAAACAUACGGCUCACAGGGAUGGAUCUCCUACAUCAUGGACUCCAUACGCCGGUUUGUGGUCUCGUGCAUCCCCAGCUGGUUUUGGGGUCCCAUGGUGACUUUGGAGGACUGCCUUGCUGCCUUCUUUGCUGCGGAUGAACUCAAAGGAGACAACAUGUACAGCUGUGAGAGAUGUAAAAAGUUGAGAAAUGGGGUGAAAUACUGCAAAGUGCUCCGACUUCCAGAGAUUCUGUGCAUUCACCUGAAACGCUUCCGGCAUGAGGUGAUGUAUUCCUUCAAGAUCGGCAGCCAUGUUUCCUUCCCGCUGGAGGGCCUGGACAUGCGACCCUUCCUGGCCAAGGACAGUCCCUCCCAAGUCACCACUUAUGACCUGCUCUCCGUCAUCUGUCACCAUGGCACUGCUGGAAGUGGGCACUACAUAGCGUACUGCCAGAACGUCAUCAACGGACAGUGGUAUGAAUUUGACGACCAGUAUGUCACGGAGGUCCACGAGACUGUGGUGCAGAAUGCAGAAGCCUAUGUGCUCUUUUACAGGAAAAGCAGCGAGGAGUCGGUGAGAGAGAGGCAAAAGGUAGUGGCUCUGGCUAGCGCCAAGGAGCCAAGCCUGCUGCAGUUUUACAUCUCAAGGGAAUGGCUCAACAAGUUCAACACCUUCACGGAGCCCGGUCCCAUCAGCAACCACACCUUCCUCUGUCACCAUGGAGGUAUCCCCCCUAAUAAAUACCACUACAUUGACGACCUGGUUGUCAUCGUGCCACAGAAUGUGUGGGAGUACCUUUACAACAGGUUUGGAGGCGGGCCUGCAGUCAACCACCUGUACAUGUGUGCGAUCUGCCAGGUGGAGGUCGAGGCGCUGUCCAAACGGAGAAAAACAGAAAUAGACACCUUCAUUAAGCUGAACAAAGAGUUCCAGGCCGAGGAGGCGCCCAGCGUCAUCCUCUGCAUCAGCAUGCAGUGGUUCCGCGAGUGGGAGAGUUUUGUCAAAGGCAAAGACAAAGAGCCGCCGGGCCCCAUUGACAACAGUAAGAUAGGCGUCAUGAAGGCAGGACACAUUCAGCUCAAGCAAGGCGCCGACUACGGUCAGAUUUCAGAGGAGACCUGGCAGUACCUGUUGGCUAUUUACGGCGGGGGGCCUGAGAUUGCCGUCAGACAAACGGUGGCACCGCCCGACCCAGACAGCCUUCACGGAGAGCGGAAGAUAGAAGCUGAGACCAGAGCACUCUGACAUCACACAAGCUCGUCUCCACCGUUUGCCCUCGCAGACAGCUGAGGAAUUUGCACCUCUUGGCCGCGAGUAGAUGUAGCAGCGCUAUAUUCUGCAGCCGCUGGACAGAAAGGCCACUUCUUAGUGUGGACUCUUUAUUCUGGAAAUGACGUUAAAGCCUGUGUUUCAUGUCAAGACGUCAACUGAAGCUGCUGCAUCUUGUAUCAAGUCGGCGUCCCUCCUCUUUACCACAGAGACCUCUCCUUUCCUGUUGUUGGCCUGCUUAUUACUUGCAUAGCAACCUGCACACCUGCAGCCCACAAUGUUAAAUACACACUACUCUGGAAUGUCUAACCUGUGCAAAUAAAAGCACAGAGCAUGCGUGCAAGGAGCAUUUUCAUGUCAGGUUCAAAAGAAAAGCAUGCAGUUCAUUUCACCAACAGUAUGAAUGCAGCGUUUGCAUUUUCUAAUGGGAAAAAUUGAACUUCUGAGUCACUGCUGUUGAGGUCCAGGGCACCACUAGCCAUUAAACAUGAUGCCGUGGAUGGUGAUAAAAUGUCCCGAGCAAGAACACAUCAACAACAGUGCAUCGUUUACAAAAGGGAGAAGAUUACGUAGAACAAAGUGAGAAAGGUUUUACGUCAUAAUAAGCUGGUAAACAGGUAUAAGUCUGUAUAGACAUACUUAGCUGUAGUAUGGAUUAGCUGCAUUUUAAAUAACCACAAAUGGCAUUUUUGUCAAAUGUCAAAUUGAGCACUUAGAAUUGGAAUCUUGAGCCUCCAAAAGAUUUAAUCAAGCUCGAGCUCAGCUAGUAUCAUGUUAUGGAAAUACCAGAAAUGCAGUAACUCUAAUUUGAUGAAAUGUAUCCUAAAUAACAGUCGAGGGUCCAGCUGCUAACGGUCACCUUGCAACCUUACGCCACGACAGAAUGUCAAUCACCAGUUUCACACAAAAGCGAUGCCAUUUAUUUUGAAAUGUCAACAGGAUGUCUUCAUAUAUGUAUCUCCGUCUGAUGCACUCUAAUGACUGCUUGAUUUCAUUGAUUAAAGUGGUUGGUAUUUCAUUA